AUGCCGCGCUCCUUCCUGGUCAAGCAGUCCUCCAGCAGCCGCGUCCCCAACUACGGCCAGCUGGAGACCAGCCGCCAAGAAUGCAACAGGCCAAGUCACACCUGGAUGACAUGUUCCUUUUCUAUCCAGGAGGCCCCACCCUGCCCAUCCACACCCCGGGAGGCCAGCCCUCUGAGGAGCCACAGCUUUGCUCCUGCCAGCCUCUCCCCCCCUCUUCAGCAGAGCCGGGAGGCCAAAGAGCAGCUCGCCUUUAACCCCCCAAGUGGGGAGAGGGCUGGAGGCAGCCGGGGGUCAGCCACCCCUCUUCGGGAUAACCCCAACAACCUCAAUCUCCCGCCAGCCUUCGGCCUGCUCCCCUGGAGGACGUGCCCCGUCCUGGGCCGCCUGGCGGAGGCAGAAGGACAGCAGGUGCCAGCCGAGCCUGGUGUGAGGACUGGCACCCUGGAGAGGUUCAUCUGCCUGGAUUGCCACAAGCCCUACAGCACUUUCUCUGGCUUGGCCCGGCACCGGCAGCGGCACUGCAAGCCGCAAGCCGUAGCAACAACCAGGUUCUUCAGCUGCAAGUACUGCAACAAGGGGUACACCAGCUUGGGGGCCCUCAAGAUGCACAUCCGGACUCACACCCUCCCCUGCGUGUGCAAGAUUUGUAGCAAAGCCUUUUCCAGGCCUUGGUUACUACAGGGCCACAUCCGGACACACACAGGUGAAAAGCCCUAUUCCUGCUCCCACUGCAGCCGAGCCUUUGCCGACCGCUCCAACCUCCGCGCCCACCUGCAGACCCACUCGGAGAUCAAGAGGUACCAGUGCUGCGCCUGCUUGAAGACCUUCUCCCGGAUGUCACUGCUUUUGCGGCACAAGGAGGCCGCAUGCUGUGCCACAGCCUCCUGA